GGAGAUUAUGCAGCAACUGCGGUGAUGGUUUGCACGUGGGAGGAGCUACAGCUCGCCUUAUCUUUGCCUCCCCUCGCAGUGGCAGUGUGUGGCGUGCGGGUUGGCGGCAUCUCGUUCUUCUGCUUCCUUCCACUCAACCUCCUUACCAUGCUGCAACCGAUGAAGGAGUUGUGGGCCAGACUGCGCUUACUGUGUCUGGAGGCCGUCUCGCGAGUCCCAUUUCCCUAA